CUGCAUCUCCCUUGUUCGGGUCAUGAGAGCUUGUGGCGCCGGUGGCUCGUUCGUCGCGUGGUGACCCAGUGUGUGCUCGCGCUCUGUACUCCCCCGGAGCCCCUGCAGCGCCCCCAGCGACCCCUGUGGAUUAUGGCAGUGAGGGGCAUCGCACCACCCGCGGAGUAUUAAAAAGUCGGGAUGAAGCAAACGGAAGCUACGGACACACCCACCCUGGACGUGAGCGUGGACGUGGACGCGCUUCAAGACAGUGUCGCCAACGGAUACGUCGAAGCCGUUCUCGGCGAUUUGGACUCGUUCAGCGACCCGCCGAUGGGCAGUGCUACCAACGGACACGUGGUCGACAUCAGCGCCACCAACGGACACACGCUUGUCGUUGUUGACGGGAUCAGUGCUGUCGGCAACGGGCACGGCGUCCACUCCAACGGACUCACACAGCCGGCCGCGGAGCACGUCAGGCUGACCAUCGAGGACGAUCCGGGCACCACCAAACUGCACGGAAUUAACGGAGAGGACUUUCAAUCCAUCGACAUGGCUAACUACGCUGCCAUUGUGCAGAAGACUCGAGAUGCCUUUUACACUGGCCGCACUCUGGAUUAUGAAUUUCGUGUUAAGCAGCUGAAGAAUUUGCUUCGUCUGUUUGAGGAAAAUGAAACAGAUCUCAUUAGUGCUUUGGAAGCGGAUUUAAGAAAGAGUAAGAUGGAGUCUUGCAUCAUGGAACUUGAAAUUUGCAAGAAUGAAAUCCGCCAUACCCUUCUCAGUUUAAAAGAUUGGAUGAAACCUGUGAAGCCUGAGAAGACAUUUGUCAACAUGCUGGAUGAGGUUGCUAUUUACAAGGAUCCAUAUGGUGUUGUACUUGUCAUGGGAGCUUGGAACUAUCCAGUUCAACUGACAAUUAGCCCAGUUAUUGGUGCCAUUGCUGCUGGAAACUGUGUCAUUAUCAAGCCAUCAGAAAUAGCAACAGCUUCAGCCAAACUGAUGGCAGACCUUGUUCCAAAAUACCUGGAUCAAGAAUGCUUUCAAGUUGUGCUUGGUGGUAUCCCAGAAACCACUGAACUUUUGAAACAGAAAUUUGAUUAUAUAUUUUACACUGGUUCGACAACUGUUGGAAAAAUAGUCCGAGCUGCUGCUAAUGAGCACUUAACACCGGUUACUUUGGAGCUUGGAGGAAAAAGCCCUGUAUACUUGGAUAAUACCGUCAAUAUGAGUGUUGCUGUCAAGCGUAUAAUUUGGGGAAAGGUGGUUAAUGCUGGUCAAACGUGUAUUGCACCUGAUUAUUUGCUCUGCACUCGUGAAACUCAAGAAAAGUUUGUGGCGAAAGCAAAAGAAGUGCUUCAAGAAUUCUAUGGUUCCAACCCCAAGACUUCUCCAGAUAUGUGCCGCAUUGUGUCUGACAGACAGUUCCAGAGGCUGCAAGAAUAUUUGAAGUGUGGUAAAAUAGCUGUUGGUGGAGAAGUGGAUGCCUCUGAACGCUAUAUUGCUCCAACUAUACUCGUUGAUGUCAAACCCACAGAGAAAGUGAUGCAAGAUGAAAUUUUUGGUCCAAUUCUGCCAAUUGUCAAUGUUGAAAAUGCUUAUGAAGCCAUCAAGUUCAUCAAUAGUCGAGAAAAGCCACUGGCGUUUUAUGUGUUUACAUCUGACAAGAAAGUAAAAGACUUGCUGCUGAAGCAGACUUCAAGUGGAGGUGUUGCUGUGAAUGAUACUUUAAUGCACUUCACUGCUGAGGGCCUUCCAUUUGGUGGUGUUGGCUGCAGUGGCAUGGGUGCCUACCAUGGAAAAUUCACUUUUGACACAUUUACCCACAACAAAGGAACCCUGAUCAAGGACUAUAAUAUUGUUGGUGAAUCACUUUCUGCGGCACGCUACCCACCCUACUCAGAAAAAGGAUUAACAUUUUUGAGGACCUUGAUGAAGAAACGACGUGGAGUUUCCCUGGCAUUCCUCCAGUAUGGUGCUAUAUUUGGCCUGGGGAUGCUGGCUAUGUGGGGUAUUAAUGCCCUUCAGAAGUCUCAAGAAAACCAAUGAAGAAAAAGUUAGAACUUCUCAAGAUUUAAUUUCCGCUCUUGCUGCAUCAGAAGCCUUUGUAACUGAAAGGCAACCCAACCUUGAGGAGAAAGUGUUGUAUGUAAGGUGCAAUAGUUUAUUAUCUAAUAUUGUCAUAUUCAACAGCUUCACAUAUUAUCCAUCUGUGCAUCCUUAGUUUCUUACUUGUGGAAGAGUUUCUCUUGCUCUUUGAUCAUUUCUUCAAGCAAACUUUUAUGCAUUUUUGUGCCAUAGUUAUCCGUAAUUCAUAAUAGGAAAAUUAAUGUCUUACUUCAGUUGGAAUGCAAUGGUGAAAAAUUUUGCUAUUGAGGGAUAUUUGCCCUUUCUUUACCUGUCUUCGCAAACUUAUUUUGUGAAGGUGAGAGAACUGAGGUUUUCUCUUUUUACACUAAGAUUUUCUUUAGCUAUGUUUAAUGAUAGGGUGAUUGUGGAUUUUUUUCACUAAAUUGAAUGAGCUUUGCUCCAAUUUGUGUGUCACUCUUUUCCCUUGCCAUGGUCUUGCCUAUAACUUGUGAUCAAUUUUAAGUGUGAUCUGAAAUUCUUGCGGAUCAAUCAGUGUUUCUAGAUGUAAAAGGAAAGGGUUGGAAAAGUGGGAUUUGUGAUUCCUAUUUUAUAAAAUAUGCUGGUAUUGUUUUUGUUUUUUUUAAAUUGAUUAAUAUAAACCAUGGCUAGUUUUCAGUUACCCAGUGAGUUAAAGCAAAAUGAAGCUACUACUCUACAACUAUGGCUAUGAAAUAGUUUCUCCUCUAUUUUGUCAACAUUUUUUUUUCAUCUUAGUAUGAUUAAGUGUCAUUAGUUAUAUUUAGUUAUAUGAUUAUGAUCUUGUUCAAAUUUUCAGUUAUAAGUGAAGUUGAGGUACACAUUUUAAUUAUGAAUAACGAGUCGACAUGUACGUAUUCAUCAACUUAUUUUUUGUAUCAUAUCAGAAUGCUUUGUGAUGCGCGUCAUGUGUCAGAACUGUCAGAACUCUUGAGUGAUUGUCCUUGUCAGGAUGGGACCAAAGAAGUAUGUCAAUAUAUUUUUAAAUAAAUAAGCAUUUUUAGAAGUAA